CUUCCAGAGAUGAAGGAAAAAUGCAAGAACGCAGCGAAGACGCGGAGAGAGAAAGAGAACGGAGAGUUUUAUGAGCUGGCCAAACUGCUGCCGCUGCCGGCCGCCAUCACCUCCCAGCUGGACAAGGCCUCCAUCAUCCGGCUGACCAGCAGCUACCUCAAGAUGAGGGCAGUCUUCCCCGACGGUCUGGGUGAUGGAUGGGGUCAGUCAACAAGGUUCAGUCCUCUGGACAGCAUGGCCAAAGAACUGGGUUCCCACCUUUUACAGACUCUGGAUGGCUUCGUGUUUGUUGUCGCCUCUGAUGGCAAAAUCAUGUACAUCUCUGAAACAGCAUCAGUCCACCUCGGCCUGUCCCAGGUGGAGCUAACAGGAAACAGUAUAUUUGAGUACAUCCAUCCAUCAGACCAUGAUGAGAUGACAGCAGUGCUGGGUCUCUGCCAGCCCCCACACCAUCACUUCUCUCCAGAUUAUGAAAUUGAGCGCUCCUUCUUCUUGAGGAUGAAGUGUGUUCUUGCUAAGCGAAAUGCAGGACUCACAUGUGGAGGAUAUAAGGUCAUCCACUGCAGCGGCUACCUGAAAGUGCGUCAGUACAUGAUGGACAUGGCGCUGUAUGAAUCCAGUUAUCAGACUGUGGGCUUGAUAGCAGUCGGUCACUCCUUGCCUCCCAGUGGUAUCACCGAGAUCAAACUACACAGCAACAUGUUCAUGUUCCGAGCCAGCCUGGACCUGAAACUCAUUUUCCUGGACACAAGGGUGGCAGAGCUGACUGGAUAUGAGCCUCAGGACCUGAUAGAGAAGACUCUGUACCACCAUGUCCACGCCUGUGAUGUUUUCCAUCUACGUUACGCUCAUCAUUUAUUACUGGUGAAGGGGCAGGUAACCACCUGGGAUUAUCGCAUGCUAUCAAAACAUGGAGGCUGGGUGUGGGUGCAGAGCUACGCCACCAUCGUCCACAACAGCCGCUCCUCCAGACCUCACUGCAUUGUCAGUGUCAACUACGUCCUCACUGACAUCGAACGUAAGGAGCUGCAGUUAUCUGAAGACCAGAGUCGAGCAUCUAAACCCGGUCUCAGUCCUACUUCCUCUCAAGACCAGCGCAAACAACUCAGGGCCAAAGCAGUCAAGAUGAAGAGCAAACUGAGAGCAGCCCCGUACCCUGAGCAGCAGACUGCAAGCCUCCUCCAGCCAGGCUGCUCGAGCUGCUCCCCACAGAGGGGGCCAUGGAAGGACAGAUCCCCAUACCCCCUGACCCCCUGCAGGGAAAAGAGUUCCAGCGUGAGCCCUGAAGCAGGCCAGGUGACCUGCGGACCCACAUACAACCUGACCCUCCACUAUCCCUACAAUCGCCGGCACCGUGCUCAGAGCCCGCUGCCCGGCUCCAGUCCAUCCUCUCAGCUGGCUCAGCACAUCAUUGGCUCUCUGCACAGCCGGGGGUCUGUUGAGUGGAACAUCAGCAGGCCCCCAGCACCCAACAAAUACACAGGCCCAGUGCCGGCAGCGGGCCACAGGUACCCUGAUGAGCUCUACUACGACUGUUCCAGCAGCACAGACCCAGCUCCUGCCAGCAGGCUAAAGGAAGAACCCUAUGAACAUUACACACUUGUCCCUAGUGAUGUGUCGGAGGUUUGUCCACAUCCUCGUCUUCAUGCCACCAAGGACAGUAAGCCUUUAAUCCAGGACAUCCAACAGAAUACAAGAGGUGCUGAGGGCCCGCGAGGUGAGCAGGCCCUUGCCUGCUCUCUGCUCAGUGGCCUGGUGCUGGGUAAAACUGAGCAGGGUGGCUCGCUGCACGGUGCAGCCCAGCCUCUCCCUGUGCACGUGGCUCUGGAGCAGAGGAGGAGGCUGUGUAUGAUGGAGGCUCCCUACAGCCACCCAGCUACAGGAUAUCCACAAUCAGCUGAGGGCCCUCAGCAGCACGGGGCCACUGCAGAGCUGCAGCCCAGGUCUGCUGAGGAGGAGCGCAGGAUGCUGAUAGGUAUGGGGGUUGGGUUGGGACUUCCAGCCCAAUCUCCGUAUAUGUCUUUGAACUUUCAUAAAGUGUGGGGCAAGCACACUUCAAUCAGAGCCCCCUCUUUAACCCCCCUGAGCCACCUCACAGACAGCCACAGUUACAACGGGAAAGAAACAGCCGCUUACAUCUGUAACAGCCAGAGCCCCAGUUCCGGCUCCUCGCCUGAGAGCCACAGAGACAUCCCACAUUACAUCGGCACCUCUGUUAUUAUCACCAACGAGAGGUGA